CUCAGCGAUAAGAAGCGCGUGUUUUUGUUUUGGUGCAAGGUAUCGAAACACAAAAUGGAUGUAACUGCGUUGUUGGAGGAGGUAGAUGAUAAACUGGACAAUGCUUCUGCAGUACAUUAUGGAGGCACUGAUGGCACAAUUUUUGUGAUAGAUUGCACGGACGUCAUGUACGAAAAAUGUCAAUAUAAUGUCAGUGAACUGAACGGUGAGAAACUGCUCACGAUCUGCUUACAGUGUUGCAGAGGGACAAUUCUCAGUAUGCUGCACAAUGCUCCCCGUGAUUUUGUAAGCAUUGUUUUAUUUGGAACACAAUUAAGUAACAAUCCUCUCAGUGUUAAUCAUAUAUAUAUACUACAAGACCUCAACUUCCCAGAAGUGGAGAGAAUAAAACAGUUAGAUGAAGCAAUAAAAGGAGGUCUGGAUAAAUUCAGACAAGAAUAUGGAUGUUCUGAUGAUUACGAAAUGCAUGAUGUAUUCUGGGUGUGUCACAGAAUUUUUACUGAGAGCCGAAAAAAGUUGGGGUCCAAAAGAAUUGUAUUAAUGACCAAUUCAGAUGAUCCUCACAAUGGUUCACUAACCAAACAACAUAAUGCAAGAAUCACAGCAAAAAAUUUACGUAAAGACAGAGUUGACCUGUCUUUAGUAUAUUUCAGUGACACCUUUGAUCUUUCCAGAUUUUAUGAGGCAUUGUAUGAGAAAGAUGCAGAUGAAUUUGGAGUAGAAUGGAGUUUCUUGCAGAAAGAACUAAUUCUUUCUGAUUUGAAAAAUCGUACUAUGAUUAGGAGUCAUACCAUGCGUGCCUACGCAACAUUACGAUUCAAACUGAAGCCUAAAGAUGCGACAGAAGCACAAAAAGAUGAAAAUGAUCUGGAAUUUGCUGUUCGCCUCUUUCAUCUCAUGAGAAAGGUGCCAAAACCUAAGAAAACUCAUGUUCAUAGAGCGACAAAUGAAAUUGUACAUCGUGGAGGUCGCAUCAAUGCAGACACAGGGGAAUUGGUCGAAACAUUCAAUGUUUCCUAUUCAAAAGAAUUUGCUGGUGAGAAAGUGGAAUUCACUUCUCUAGAGUUGAAAGAAAUUAAGAAUAUCAUGGAGCCUGGAAUUCAGUUGGUAGGCUUCAAGCCAAAGACAAUGAUAAAACCAGAACUGCAUGUGAAACGCCCAACAUUCAUCUACCCUGCAAAUGAUGUUAUUAAAGGUAGUUCAACAAUAUUUUCUGCCUUGCUGUUGAAAUGCAUUGCACAAAGUGUAGUUCCUAUAUGCUGGGUAUGUGAACGCAGAGGGGCAAGUCCCCGUUUGGGAGCUUUGCUUCCACAAAGACAGGAAUUUGAUGAACACAACAGGCCAAAGGCAUAUGAUGGGUUCCAUAUCAUCUACAUACCCUUUAGAAGUGAAAUCAGAGACUGUACUUUGCAGAAAGUGGAAGAAGCAUCACCUGAAAUGGUCAGUGUGGCAGAGAAAGUUAUUUCAAAACUUAAAAUGACUUACAAUCCACGUGUUUUCACCAAUCCCAAGAUCCAGAAGAUGCGGCAAUAUCUGGAAGCUGUGGCAUUAGAUUACCCAACUCCUGAGUUUGAAGACUCAACAAUGCCGGACAUGAAAGAGAGACUAGGAUCACUUUCAAUAGAUUUUGCUAAAGCUACAAACUUGGCCAACUACACAUCAGAAAAACCACCACCAAAAAAACGAGCUGGUGCUGAAGGAAAUGCAGAAAAUACUGGCAAAGUCAGAAAACUUGACAAAAGUGAGAUUCAGAAGCUGGCAGAACAAGGACAGAUAGAGAAACUGACAGUAAACCAGCUAAAGGAAUACCUGCAAUCUGAAGGUGUCAGAGGAAUUUCAACAAAGAAGAAACAAGAACUUGUUGAAAUGGUUUACAAUUCAAUGAACUGAAUGUAUGCAAGUGCUGUUUUUACAUAACUGUUACCACAAGAUUGCAUACUUGAAAUGUAUUCACUACUUGUCUUUAUUGGUUCACAAGAUGCUUUUACCUUUUUCUAAUUAAAUUACAAAUGCCUAUUUUUUAAAA